AUGCAUGCCCAGAGUAUUCUCAUCGGCCUGCUAGGCGUCACGGCUUUUGCCGAAGCCUCAGCUAUUCACCGUCCGUUCGAUCAGAUAAUGAACCGACGAGCGGCCCGAGCCCUCAACGUCAGACAAUUCGGUGGCGGCCAGUUCGGCGGUGGCCAAUUCGGUGGCGGUAACUUCGGUCAGGGUGGUCAGGGCGGCAACAACGGCCAGAACCAAGGCAAUCAGAACAAUGCUCAAAACGGUGGUAACAACGGAAACCAGAACAACAAUGCCGGCAACACCAAUAACAAUGCCAACAACAAUAAGAACAACCAGGCCUCGUUAACAUUGAAUUCAAAUGCCAUUCAGACCGGUUCGCAGUCCGAUGGUGACCCAGAUGCAGCAGAUGGAGAGUCGGCGUCUAAGACCGACAAUGCCAACUUCAUCAACUUCUGUAGCGGUCAGACUUUGACCAACGGUCUUCAGGUGAAGACGGGUUCAUGUAACGGUAUCCCUAUGGGUAAAAUCCCCGCAACCACCAAGAUGGUUUCGAGUGUUUUGAUCAACCCUCAGCACAACGACAACAUCCAGGCCAACAAGGACUUUGAUAUCCAGGUUCAAGUGCAGAACUUUUCUCCCGGUACAUUCACGAAUGCCGCCAACACGUACUACUCUGCACCUCAGGAUCUGGAUGGCCAAGGUCAAAUUAUUGGCCACACACACGUUACAGUUCAAGACAUGGGUAACUCUUUGAACCCUACCAAGCCUCUUGAUGCUACCAAGUUCGUUUUCUUCAAGGGUAUCAACGAUGCUGGUAAUGGCAACGGACUUUUGUCGGCUACCGUCACUGGUGGUUUACCCGCUGGUAACUACCGUGUAUGCACUAUGUUCUCUGCCGCCAACCAUCAGCCUGUCCUUAUGCCUGUUGCCCAACGUGGUGCUCAGGAUGACUGCAAUAAGUUCACUGUUGGCGGUAACGGCAACAACAAUGGCAAUAAUGCCAACAAUGCCAACAACAACAACGGUGGAACCAACAAUGCCGCCAACGGUAACACCGGCAACACCGGCAACAAUGCAGGCGGAAAUGGUCGUAGUGGCCAAGGCAAAGGCUCAAGUAAUUCGAACACAAAUACAAGUGCUGGCGGUAAUGCUAACAGCGCAACCCAACAGACUAAGAACCUUGGCGGCGCACCUCCGAGCGUAACAAACUCUGGAGAUGCUAGCAGACCGUUUGCUGUCAACGGGAACACGUUUGUGGACCAAGCUGCUGCUAAGCAGAGGGCCUGCGAUAUACAAAACAACAAUUGCAGCGACGCAGCGAACGCUGGUGCUAGUUUCAAACUUUCGGAUUGCCAAGCGCAGUUACAAACUUGCCUUGCGGCAUAG